AUGAGUACGGAUUGUAGUCUAACGUUCAUGAUCUCGAGGAUGCUCCCAUCCUCACAAUCGUCGUUGUGGUGGAAGCCGAUCCCUCGCGGAUCUCAUCCAUCUAAUCUUACACUCUACUUGCUACACUCAAAUGAGAUACCGAAAAUCAUCUGCGGCACGCAGGGAUGGACGGAUAGUUGCAUCAAGAGCAAUCCAAAGUACCAAGCAAAAUUCAUGACGGAUGAAGCCGCGAAUGAAUACGUAAAGAAUGCAUUCGCGUCAUGUCCUGAUAUAAUCGAGGCCUACCUUGGUCUUACGGUUCUUAUAUUAAAAGCCGACUUGCUCCGCUACCUGUUACUGUUCGAUCAGGGCGGCAUUAGGUCCGACCUCGACAUAUCCUCUAACGCUGGAGUCGUUGUAGGAUGGGAGUUCGACAUGGGCUGGAAACAGCCUUUUGUCCGCCAGUUUGCGAGCUGGACUAUCAUGGCUAAGCCGGGAUCGUUCCACAUGUUACAAGUCAUUGAGGAUAAAAUGGAAAUAUUACGGCAGAAGAUGCAUCAAUACAACAUGUCGGUCGAGAACAUAACGUUGGAAAUGACUGGAUAUGUUGUGGACUUCUCCGGUCCAAGACGCUUGACGUUCAGUAUAUUCAAGAGGCUUGAACGCACUUUGAACAGGACUGUCACCUCUGACGAAGUGUCAGAAAUUCUUCAGCCAAAGCUGAUAGGAGAUGUCCUGGUCAUGCCGGGGCGUUCGUUUGCCGCAUCAGCGAAUGUCACGUUAGUAACCCAUCAUUAUGCUGGCACAUGGAAGAACUCUCACGGUGGAGAGUCCUCUGAAGUGCAUAUAUGA